UCCAAACUUGCUUAUCGUCUUCGCGUGGGAUUGCCUUCCCGAUCCGUGCUCGCAACCCGCACUGGAUCCUGUGCUCUCCGUCUCCUCGGGUUGAGUUCCCGCCAAAAGGGCAAGGCGUCUCUCGGCUCCUCCUCCUCCUCCACCCAAAGCCAUAGAUCGAAACGCUCCCUCUCCCACUCUUCGCUUCGCUUCUCCUUCGAUGGAGGACGAAGAGAGGACCGCGCCAAGGAACCAAGAUGUGGCGGCGGAGGGUACUCCUAUGGCGAGGUCGUCUUCGUCCACCACGUCCGGCCCCGGCUGUUCGAAACCCACUCCCCGCAGCCCCUCCGCCCUCUCCUCCUCGGACAAGAACUCGGUUUUGUUGUCCGAUUGGUGGUUGGUUAAAGUGGAAGGAGGAGCGGAGGGGAAAAGGUUGGCGGUCAGUGGGUUUACCACCGGGCAACAAGCAAUGAGAAUCUUCAGUUCUGCACCUAUUUUAAAACGAUAUGAUGCCUAUAAUCUUGAGACUGCAGAUGGGAUCACUGUGAUAAUUCUGGGCUUGAUAAAUAAAGCACGGACACAUGAUAAUGGGUUUCCUCCUGAGGUUUGCAAUCGUUUCCUGGUUGGAUUUCCCUAUAAUUGGGAUUACUAUGCUGAUAAGUAUUUCAGAAGAAGUUCCAUUUCUGCAAGUAAUUCUUCAAAUUCUGCUGGUUUUGGUGGGCUGUCCAAGGAUUCAGCUGAUGGUGCAGGCCAUACAUCUGCAGUAUGUGUAAAUGUGUUUCCAUUUGGCAGGCUUUGUGACAUCCUGAUCACUUCUGGUGGUACUCUGACAAGAAACUUAAUUGAAAGUCUGAAAAAGCUCUUUGGAUAUCCUUCAUUGAAUCCGACAGCACAAAAACCUUCACUUUUGCCUGUGGAAACCCAUAGUGAGUGUGACACGGAUAAAAGUGAUUCAAAGCAUGAAAAUAGUAAGGGAUUUGCUACUGUCAUUAACCAUGAUGCUGAAGGACAUGCAACUAGCCAUGGUGAAAAAGGGUAUUAUGCUAUGGAAUUACAUGCAGGUGAUGUCCCAAUAGAAAAUUCUAACCUCAAUCAUGAUAUCUCACAUUAUUCCUUAAUGCAUGAGAACCGAGAGACUGCCACCCAGCCAGUGGCAGAAACUACCAGCGAGACAGAGACAGGGACAGACAUGCAAAUGGAAACACUGUUGGCAAACAUUAAAGAAGUGGAGAAGGAUAACAAUAUGCUGAGUUCUGUUCCAGUGGACUGUGACGAUGUUGAUCACGUGCCAGCUUGUAUAGAAGGAAAGGUAAAUGCUGAGAGCAGAAUAGACUCAUCCUGUGUGAGGAUGAAAUGCUUGUUAGAAGAUUCACUGCUGAAAGAAUCAAAUCUUUCAGAUCUUAGACAUGAUGAGGAACUCGGAGAUGAUGCAGUAAGAAGACAACAUUGCGUUGAAAAUUUAAGAAUGCCAAAUGUAGGCUUUUCAGAUGACUUGCUGGUGGAAAAGGAUUGUGACCCAAAAACUGCAAAUUCAUUGAAGGUAACAAUGAACGCGGGCUCACAAAAUUCUCUUGAUUCUGAUGUCACAGAACCACUGAAGGUUUCAUUAAGGGAGGAAGGUGUUGGAACAAGAUCCAAGAUUUCAUCACAGAAUGAAGAAAUGGUGCCUUCUAUCCUUUCAGCAUCUCAAGGUGAUGCAGAUUCUCAUCAUGUUAAAGGGAGACCAUGGGACCUUAAGAACUCGAAGGCACCAAAUUUUGACUUUACAGGAAUUUCUAAAGAUUCUUCAUCAAAUGAGAUAGAUGAUAUGUGUUAUAGCAUUUUAGAGAAAAUUGAGUGCUGUAAGCUUCCUGCUGUAAAGGAUCCCACAUCCCAGAUAGGCACUGCUUUUGAUAUGACAAUCACUAAAAGUCUAAAACAUCAAAAGUGAAGGAGUCGCCAACAAAGGAACAUUUAACUAAAGUAGUAAAAGGAGGAGGACAAAAGAAGAAAA